AUGGGGUCCUCGGUCUUUCUCCUCUUCCUCAUUGUUUCCCUCGCUCUUCUCGCGCAUGCAGCCGACCUAUACAAAGUCCUAGACCUCUCGAGGUCAGCUUCGGAGCAGGACAUCCGGAAGGCAUACAAGCGGCUCAGUCGGAAGUACCACCCAGACAAGAACAAGGAAGCGGGCGCAGAGGAAAAGUUCGUUGAGAUCGCCCAUGCCUACGAGGUCCUCUCCGACUCCACCAAACGGCAGAUCUACGACCGGCAUGGCGAGGAGGGCCUCAAGGCGCAUGAGGGCGGGCAGGGCCACCAUGCGAACCCGUUCGACAUGUUCCAGUCUUUCUUCGGCGGCGGCGGCCACCAGCAACAGCAAGUCCGUCGCGGACCCACGUCCGUGUCCGAGUUCGAAGUCUCGCUCGCGGACGCCUACGUGGGCGCGAGCAUCGACUUCAUGGUCAAGAAGCGCAUCCUCUGCGACCACUGCCGCGGCACCGGCGCCGCGUCCUCGGACGAUAUCCACACCUGUAGCGCGUGCAACGGCCAGGGCGUUCGUAUCGUCCGUCAGCAGAUCAUGCCCGGGAUGAUCAGCCAGAGCCAGGUGCAGUGCAACGAGUGCGGUGGGCGCGGGUCGGUCAUCGGGAAGAAGUGCGCGCACUGCGGCGGGAACAAGGUCAUGGAUCACACACAGCACUACACGCUCGAAGUCCCUAAAGGCGUCCCGGAAGGCCACGAGGUGGUGUAUGAGGGCGAGGCGGACGAGAACCCGGAUUGGGAGGCCGGAGACGUCGUCAUUCGUAUCCGCACGAAGAAGGACAAGGGUGCCUGGCGGAGGAAGGAGAGCUCGCUUUACUGGAGGGAGAGUAUAUCCGUCGAGGAGGCGUUGCUGGGCUUCGAGCGCAACCUCACCCAUCUAGACGGACACAUUGUCGAGCUGAAGCGUAAAGUCGUCACACAACCAGGUUAUGUGCAAGUGAUCAAGGGGGAGGGCAUGCCAAUAUUCGAACACCCUUUCGAACACGGCGACUUAUUUGUAGAAUACAACGUGAUCCUCCCUACAGAACUUUCGUCUGAAGCGAAAAAGCGCAUAUUCACCGCGUUCCACCCAGAAGGUGGCAACCACCAUAGUGAUGAACUAUAG